AUGAGUUGGUUCAAUUACGGCGUACUGCCUGCAUCGAGGAACGAAGCGUUGCAAGACGUGGGGGAUGAAGGGCAUAUCCACUGCCUUUAUGAACCAUUCAAGGCCCAGGCGGAGUGGUUAGAAGGUCAAUUCCGGUGCGAAAAGUGCAAAGGUCUUUACGGUGGCUCGAGAAUCGUGGAUUCUGACGAUGGAAAGAAAUGGAUCUGUAUAUUCUGCAAUACUUACAACCCUUGGAAUACAGACAUGCCCGACUGCGAGACAUAUAUGAGCCAAACUGGGGGUGGGAAGUCUAAAGAUGACGUUGUGGUUAUUGUGAUUGAUACUAUUUGUGAAAAAGAAGAAUUGAAUGCACUACAACAUGCUUUGAAACUAAAAUCUAAUACCAAAUAUUCACUUGUUACUUUACAUCGUAAUGGGGACGUUGCAGUGCACUCUCCUGACAACAAGAAAUCUUUUGCAGCUAAGCACCACAAAGUAGAACACUAUUUGAAACGGUUAAAUCGAGAUUACUUUAGGAGACACUUAGAUCACGGUUUAUUCGAUUCCGUCAGUGUCAUGGGAACGAUUAAUAAGUUGGAGGCAAAGGAUUCCCACGGCAGCAGAAGAGCCAAGAGGUCCACGGGCCUGGCGUUGUUUCUGGCGUCGAUCUUAGGAGACCAAGUUGUAUGCUUUUUAGCGGGUCCCUGCACAGAAGGUCCGGGGAAAGUGGCCUCGAGAGAUAAAAAGAAUACAAUGAGGCAACAACACAACUUGGACAAAUCUGCCAAGUACUUUAAGGACGCUCGAGAUUUUUACUCAAAAUUGGCCUCUGCUGCUUCUUUUACCAUCUUCGCAAGCUCAUUGGACCAAAUCGGGUUUAUGGAGAUGUCAGAUUUAUUUAACAUCGCAGCACAAUUCAAUUCUUUUAAGGAUGAAAGAUUUGUUCACACUUUUGAAAAAUUCUUGGACAGAAGAUCCAAUGCAAUCUCAGAUUUAAGGCUUACAGUGGUUUCUUCGGGACGUCUCCUAGUAGAUGGGGCAUUGACGAAGGCGUCCCCAAUGAAGGCAACUUUAAACAAUUAUAGUGACACUCCUAAGGGCGAAGGUAGCACUAACGAAUGGAAACUUGAAUCACCCUAUUUGGAUCCUGAACAUCUGGUGGUGCCCCUAUCGCUAAGCAUAGUUACAGGAUCCACCAUCAGAGAUGCUAAUGAAAACGUUCCGGAACAGUUGUAUAUGCAAUUCCAACUAAACUACACUCAGAACGGUGCAUCUUACGUGCACGUCCAUACCAAGAUUAUCCCCACCUCUAAUAGUCCCGAUUGCCUUGUGGCGAACUCUUUCAAUCCUAAAAUCGAACUUGUCUAUUUGAUGAAAUCUAUCUCCUACCAGGUCUUGAAAGGUAAAUUUACUACCGAUCAAUUACAACGUAUUCGCUACCAAUUGGAUACUGUUGCAGUUCACAAGCACAAAUCUCAAGAAUUUUUGAAAUACUACUAUGGCUUAAGAAGAACUCCGCUGUUCACCACUCGUAACGCUUCGCCUGAUGAAAGAGUGCUGUUCCUUCACCAAAUCGACCACUCAAGUAUCGAAACAUCUUUAUGUUACGCUCUUCCUACCGCAAUACAGUUUCAAUUUGGCAAAAAACUAACACCGCUUCCAUCUCAAGAUCUUUUAUCGGAUCCAACCGCUACUCUGGUGGAUGGUGGGUUUUUUGUGGGCGUCAGGUACGCUCAACAAGACUCAGAAGACAUAGAAGCCGCUAAGGUAGCUGCCAAAUUAAUUGUAGAUGCCAGAUUCCCAGAGCCAGUCUAUAUCGAUACGGUAAUCGGUGGAAGUCAAGACAGAUUUUUCAAAAGUAAACUAAUUCCCACUGAUGACCAUGGUGCCAAGCUCUUGGAGACUCAAGAUAUUCCAUUCGAGAAUUUUGUGGAGCUGGUCGAAAAGCGCUCAAAAGGUGACUAA